AAACUUUUACCGUUGUCGAGAGUAGUGGGGGGGGGGGGGAUACUGAUUGAGAAGACUUUUUCCCCAGUCGCUUGUCUCCGCAGCGGGUUGAGUUUAGAUCGCCGCUUGUGCCUCGAAUGAGAGCCACUCGGUGCUGGCCUCGCAGCAGUCAUUUGGGCCAAGUUGGCUGGAAGCCGUCCAUACGAGCUCGGUGCCUUCCUGCGGGUGAAGCCUCCAUUUGCUUCCUGUAUGGCGAACGGGCUCGCGGAUCCGUAGACCAUGGCAGAGCAGGAUCCCACCCCAGAGCAGCUGGCAGCCAUUGCGGCAGACAACGACGAGGGGGAAACCGGGGUCAACUAUAAACCCCCCGCCCAGAAGAGCUUACAGGAGAUCCAGGAAUUGGACAAAGAUGACGAGAGCCUGCGGAAGUACAAGGAGGCGCUCCUGGGCAGCACUGACGUGUGCAAAGUGGAUCCCAACGCUCCCAACAUUCAGGUGACGCGGCUGACCCUUAUGUGUGACACGGCGCCAAACGCCCUGACCCUUGACCUGCAGGGAGACCUGGAGUCCUUUAAGAAGCAGGCGUUUGUGCUGAAAGAAGGCGUGGAAUACAGGAUAAAGAUCAGCUUUAAGGUCAACAAGGAGAUUGUCUCGGGCCUGAAGUACAUCCAGCAUACAUUCAGGAAAGGAGUGAGGAUCGAGAAGACGGACUACAUGGUGGGCAGUUACGGGCCUCGACCGGGCCAGGAAUACGAAUUCCUCACCCCUCUGGAGGAGGCGCCCAAAGGCAUGCUGGCCCGCGGCACCUACAACAUCAAGUCCAAGUUCACGGACGACGACAAGCACGACCACCUCUCCUGGGAAUGGAACCUCACCAUCAAGAAAGAGUGGAAAGACUGACUCCCCCGCUUCAAGCCUCCACUAUCGACCUCUCUAAUUUUUUUUUUUUUCCCCUGCCCCUGCCCCUCAUACUUCUUUCUUUCUCCCACCGCCGUUCCAUUCCUCCCUGGUUGGAUCCAUUUCUUGAUUAUGUAUUCACUGGUCAAAGUUUUGCUCUCUCCGUCCAGCCUAACCCUCUUACAAUUCGCCUUAUUUGGCUCAUCCCCUUCACUUCCAUCAUUCCACGUCAUUCCCUCUCCUCCUACACACUCGCCGUGUGUCUUCCGAGUGUCAGACCUUGACGAUAUAUGUACGGAGAAAGCAAACGAUGUGCACAAUCAAGAUUUCUUUGGGGGAGGGAGGGGGGGUUUGUUUUCUUUGUAUAUAGAAGGAAAAAAAAUUAUAAUGGUGGGGGGGAAAAUGUAAUCUAUUAAUGGCUCUUGUUAUAUCGUUAUUGGUCAUUAUUGUCGAACAUAACCAGCUACUGAAUUCACCUAUAGUCUGACCCCUCCCUGUCUUUUCUCUCCCCAUCCAUCCUUCCUUCCUUUUCAUUCUUUUGACUUUUUUUUUUUUAGAUUUUGUACGUGAUCACCAUGAUCUGCCUUGGUAAAGCAUUGUCAUAGGAGCAGGGAGCAUAGCUGUAUGUCCAUGACUGCCAUGUGGCCACUGAGCGAUCACCGCUAGAGACUUGUCACUGAGCCAACCCCUCCACAGCCUUUGAGCGGAGUAUUGGUACCGGGGGUCUGUGUUAAUUUUCUGGAAUUCAGUCCAGGUUUACUUUCAAAGAAGUUGGCGUUCUCCGGCGUCUUUGAGUAUGGACCCAUCGAAUGUAUUGUGACCUCCAGCCCUUACGAAGCGGUGUCGCCCACCACUGCUCGCGCUGCGGCUGUCCCUUUUCCUCAAACGGGGUAUAUUCUUGACAGUGCUUUCAGCAGCCACGUGGCCUUAAAAGUGAAAUCCUUAGAAAUGGUGACUGACCGGACAACUUAAAAUGAGCCGUUUGCCUUUCGAGUUUAUUUGCCAUACUGUCAUGUGAGCCUCCAAUCACAAGGCUGGUGUUAAAUGGAUCGAGUAAUGGAGGUAAACUGCAGGGAAUAGCUUUACUUCAGGUCUGAUGACUUGUGAAAGCCAGUAGUUCUCAGCCAUAUCGCCCCCCCCCCCGUACCACCUCCUCUCCUUCCGAUCUCAGAAAUAGCUCAUGUUCAGUUAAAUUUACUAAUUUUUGAGUUCAUGUCAUUCAGAUCAUGUGUAUUUGAUAGCAGUGUCGUAAGCCCAGUCUAUACUCGUAGCUUUUCACAUCGCCCGACGUCUUUCCCUCUGGUAACCGAGGCCGUAUUUCCAGUCUCGGAUCAGGCUGUAGUCUCGUCAGCCAGUCAGAGAGGGACUGGAUCUUGCGGCCCUGUGAGUCCUGCACUUGUGAGCAAGUGAAGAAUUUCACACCAGGACUGUUAAACCUCUCACCUCGCGUUGCUCAUCUUCAGGAUUACCAACACUGAUUGUGCCUCUAGCCUUUGACCACUGCACACUGUGUACACUCAAAACACUCGAUAUCACAAAGGUGAAAGGUGGUCUACUUUUGACCUUUGACCUUAUGUGUAGCCUAGUGAGACUGAGGUUUUUGACAGGGACCCAGAGCUUCUAAUAAGACGGUUACAUCCUAGCAUAUUACCUUUUUAUUUUUGUACACUCCAUAUUAUGUGAGAAGAUUAAUCACAGACUAUCAUGUGUUUGGAUUGGGUUUGAUUUGAUGUGUAAUACUCGUCUGUGCUACCUGAAGAUUAUUGCUCACCCAUGUCCACAAUAAAGUAUUCAGACUGGGCCUGCACAA